AUGACUCGAGGCAACUUAGUCACCAUCAAGGAGAAAGACGACAUAUAUCGCUGCAACAACUGUGAAAGAAAUUUCAUUUCCCAGCACGGCCUUGUUCAGCAUUGUGAAAGGGCUACAUGCCACCUUGAAGGAGACCUGUGGUGCUCACGAUGUUAAUGGCUGUUUGUCUCAACACUUGCUUGAAAAGCUCAUAUCAAGCAUUCCUCUCGCCACAAUGUCUGCGACAAGUGUGAUAAUGACUACCCCGACCACCAAAUGCUCACGAGCCACAAAGUCGCCGUCCACAAUUUUUGUACCAACUGUGAUCGCUACUUUGGUAGUGAGAACGAACUAAACCAGCAUAAAAGAUCCCACCUUCCACGCACAACAAAAUGCUAUGGAUGCAAUCGGCGCUUCCCCGACUUCCCAGCAUUGGUCCUUUACCUCGAAGCCGGUACCUGCGGAAGUGGCAUGGACUCCCGCAAGGUCGACGAGUUGGUCGUCGGUUCGGGCCGUCUGUGUUGGAGGUUUCACGAUUCAGACCUCCCAAACAUCGAAUACAAAUGUCCCAGCUGCGAGCACACAUUUCGGUACCUGAGCGCCUUCUGUCAGCAUGUUGCAACGGAGACCUGUGAAGAAGAGGCUGAAGGGAUU